AUGGCCCCUCCCAAGCGCGCUUUGUUCUCUCUAAACCUCGAUACCGACGCCGACCACGUGUACCAGAAAGUCGAAGACCACAGCAAGGACGGUACAGAUAGAGUUAAAGUCAUUGAAAGCAAAGGGCCGACACACGGACAUACGGAUCUGAGCUACGUGACGAAACCGUUUGAGAAGACAGUCAAUCGCGCGGUCAACGAGGUCAUUGAAGGAAGCGGACGGAAAGUACAUUCCGCAGAGGGUCACGUAUCGUAUUCGACAAACAGAACGGAACGACGAAGUGGUGGAACAAGAAACCAAGACGACGAAGAAGAACGCGAUCGAAGCCACCAGCAACCCCUCCGCAUAGCCAUUGGCUGCGACGACGCGGGCGUCUCGUACAAGAAAGCCAUCAUCAAAGAUCUCGAAGCCGACUCGCGCAUCGCCUCCGUGACCGACGUUGGCGUACCUGAAAACAGCGACAAGACCGCGUACCCACACAUCGCCGUUGAUGCUGCCAAGCUUGUCGCAGAAGGCAAGGCAGACCGCGCAGUUCUCAUCUGCGGCACUGGUCUCGGUGUCGCCAUCUCUGCGAACAAGGUGCCUGGCAUUAGGGCUGUAACGGCACAUGACUCCUUCUCUGUGGAGCGCGCCAUUUUGUCGAAUGAUGCGCAGGUGCUUUGCAUGGGUGAGCGAGUUAUUGGCAUUGAACUCGCCAGGCGGUUAGUGAAGGAGUGGGUCGGAUAUCGGUUUGACAAGGGCAGUGCGAGUGCGAAGAAGGUACAGGCCAUCAUGGACUAUGAGAAGCAGAACUACGCGGGGUUGGUCAAGGAUCAAGCCGACGCGAAGGGCUGUUAG